AUGGAACGGAUCGUCGGCGGCAAGUACAAGCUCGGCAGGAAAAUCGGCAGUGGAUCGUUUGGUGAAAUCUUUCUCGCUACUCAUAUCGAUACGUUUGAGAUCGUUGCUGUUAAGAUCGAGAACAGUAAAACAAAGCACCCGCAAUUGCUUUAUGAAGCAAAGUUGUACAAUCUGCUUCAAGGAGGCAGUGGUAUUCCUGGCACAAGAUGGUCUGGUCUUGAUGGGGAGGACAAUGUACUGGUCCUUGAUUUGCUGGGGCCAAGCCUUGAGGACCUGUUUGUAUACUGUGGGAGGAAGUUCUCGCUCAAGACAGUUUUGAUGUUAGCUGAUCAAAUGAUUACAAGGAUAGAAUACGUGCACUCUAAAGGAUUUCUUCAUAGAGACAUCAAACCUGAUAACUUCCUCAUGGGACUUGGUCGGAAAGCGAAUCAGGUUUACAUAAUUGAUUUUGGCCUUGCAAAAAGAUAUCGAGAUGCCACAACCAAUCGCCAUAUUCUUUACAGGGAGAACAAAAACUUGACAGGAACUGCACGAUAUGCAAGUUGCAAUACUCACCUUGGAAUUGAGCAAAGCCGGCGUGAUGAUUUGGAGUCACUUGGCUAUGUACUGUUAUAUUUUCUUAGAGGAAGCCUUCCGUGGCAGGGUUUGAAAGCUGCCACAAAGAAGCAGAAAUAUGACAAAAUUUGCGAAAAGAAAUUAUCAACUCCUAUUGAGGUUCUAUGCAAAUCUCAUCCAGUGGAGUUUGCAUCAUACCUACAUUACUGUCACUCACUGACAUUUGAGCAGCGUCCUGAUUAUGGAUUCUUGAAGCGCCUGUUUCGCGAUCUCUUUGCCCGUGAAGGAUAUGAAUUUGAUUAUGUAUUUGAUUGGACUAUCAUAAAAUAUCAGCAGGCACAAAAGAGUAGAAGUCAACCUCGUUCAUCUCCGGUUCCUGGUGCAAGUAGUAGCCAUAUAGUGCCAACAGAUAUGGAGAACCCUCAAGGAAGCAACAAUGCUCAAUAUUCCUCUGACAUCAUGAGAUCUAAUGGUCCUGGUGUACGCAUGCAAUUCAAAUCAGCAAUGGGCAAGAAUUUGAGCUCUGACAAUCAUGUUGAUAAGAAUACUGUAACUGAUGCACACAUCCCUUCCACUUCCUUUUCACUUGCUGGGACCUCAAAAAGAAAUGCCCCAAAGCCUGUUUUGCCCACUGAACCUGCAAAUCCUGCUCAAGGACACAGCAGCAAAAUUGGUCCUUCAAGUAGCUGGAUUUCAUCAUUACAACGCAUUCAUUCUGCAAAGUGAUUAGCAUGGAUUCUUUUUCUCCUACAGCAUUGUUUGAUGGAACGAAUAUAACAGGGGGCUAUCAUGCAGGGAUGGCAUUUGAAGUCCAUAAUACCUAUAGUUCUGGAUUGUCGAUGGCUGCUCAUCUAGGAAGACGCUGCCUAAAUAUCAACAGGGAAAAAGGUGUUAAAAUGAUACUAAUUUUGGUGCCAUUGUUUUAUGUGUAUUCAAAAUUCUGCUGGUUGCCCGUGUGUGUGCGCGCAGUUGUAUUGACUAUUGCAUACUUGGUUUAAUGAGAAACUAUGGAAUUGGUUAUUCAAAGUAGAAGUUAGCCUGUGUGUUAUGCAGCCAAGAACUUAAGAUGAAGAAUUACCAUUCAAGCUUGUUUAUCUGAUGAUACUGCAAAAUUCAAGUAAGCAACAUUAUUUUGGUAAUCGUGUGAUUUGAUUUGCAGCUGCUUGUGAUUGUUGCUGGAUGGGGGAUGAGUAGUGAGAUCUUCCUUCAUUUAUUUGGAUUAUUCAUUAGCUUACCAAGGAAAUUGCUUGCCAUCGGGUGAUAUUCUGCAGAUAUUUGUGUUUGGGAUGGAAGUUAUCUUCAGCGUGGACCAGUUGACAUUGUUCUUUGAAGAUGUCUUCAAGCACUAGUUUUGUCAGGUAAGUGAAAAUAAUUGGACUUCUGAAAGCAUGGCAGUCUGGGAUUUCAUUCAGUUCUGUGCUUGAGUAGUUACUUAUGUACUUCAAGAAUUCUGUUAUGAGACUUCAGAGCAUGUCAUAUUGUUUGGUAUGAUGGUUAGUCUAGACUUGGAAUCCUUAGCUACUUGUAAUGAAUAUCAUGGUAGCUGUAUCAGCAGUCUGUUGUCAACUUGUCAUUUCUCAAUGUACUUGAUUGGAAUUCCAUAAUGAGGCCUUCAGUCAUGCUUUGAUGAUCUCAAUCUUGAUUAGUGUGAUGAUCGCUCUCUACUGGGAAAUUUUAGCUUUGUUAGUGCUUCGAUCUCAACCCUCUACAUGACAAUGUUAAAGAGUAGGAUACUGCCGGAGUUUGGGAUAAAGUCCAUACUCCAUUUGGGCUUACUACCAGUGAUUAAUGCGCUCCACCUAUAAUAAGGCAGGCUGCUAAUGAUGUUCUGCAUCUCAUCUAUCCACUGGAGCUCCUCUCCGUACGGAUAAUUUUGAUUCACUUUUACUUUCUUGGGAUCAGUUUCUUCUCCUUGUUGCUUGUGAUAUUAGCCGCUAUGAUUCAUGGUUGCUGUGUCGGUGAUCCAGUCGGAGAUGGUAGCCACUGGAAACUAGGGAUUUGACCAUUGAAUGGUGUGCAUUUGUUCAUGCUUGAGAGAAAAUCAGAGAUGGAAAUCGAGCUUGGGUAGAUGCGACUGCUAAUUGCUACGCAUUAGUUGUAUGUUGCAGGGCUAAGGUUUGCCAUUUCGAGUUGUUGCUAUUUCAAUGGAGCAUGUAUUAGAUAUGCAACUUGAAUUUGAUAACUGGGCAUCUACAAAGACGAACACAAUAUUCCGAAUUUAGCAAGACAUGAUCUCGUUUACUUGAAUGCAAAGGUCUCUGGUGAUUGUUCACUGUAAUUAAUUAGAAUCUUCUGUACUUGCAUGAUGUGGCAUGAACUUCCUACAUGGAUAACUGGAUGCGCCGUUCCAUGCAGAUGGCUUCUGUAACCUAAUUUCUUAGGUUUCAUUCAAUUGAGCAUGGAAGCCUCUGCUUCACUCUUCUGUUAA